AUGAUCAGAGGAAAGAAAGAACCAAAGGAAGCAGCCAGAAACAAUGAUCGGAGCAGUGAAGCAGAAGAAAUAACUGAAUGUUUCACUGUUGAAUCUGAUCCAAUGACUUGCAAACCAAGUGGCGAGGUAAGAGGGGAAAACCCCCCAAGGGAUGUAACAAAUACCAUGACUCCAAUUGUUGCAAAGAAGAUCGGAUGGUUCAACAAGAUGAAAAGGUGUCGCAAGUUUGUUAAGACUUAUGGUAAUGGAAAAAGUGUUAAGGCUCGGAUAGUCGACAAAUAUGACUCCAUGAUAAGAUAUGAUGCCGAACAUGGUUACCAACCACUAUGUGAUAACAACAUCGUGAAUGCCUUGGAUGCAGUCUGA